CACGACAUCUGCGGUAGUUGAACCGCUCCAGCGUGAGCUACGGUACGUUGUGACAGGACAGGAGCUUUCCUCCCACGGACGGGUUGCUGUCUCUACAGCCAAAAUGUUAUCCCAUUCCCGGUGUCUCACCCGGAAUUUUGGUCGCUCUUUAUCUGCCCUUCGCCAGGGAAACAAUGUAUGGGUUCGUCGGGCCACCUCAGCCCUCUCUACAAGCCAUGGCGUAACCUUAAACAGCCAUGUGCAAUACGAGCCCAAGUCUACCGUCUUCCAGAUCCGUUACUUCAGAACAUCCAUAACAUGCAAGAACGAGGUGGUCACAGUCAAGACUCCGGCGUUCGCUGAGUCUGUCACAGAGGGCGAUGUGCGGUGGGAGAAAGGUGUUGGAGACACUGUGUCUGAGGAUGAGGUGGUGUGUGAGAUAGAGACUGAUAAGACGUCCGUGCAGGUGCCGUCACCUGCGGCCGGGGUGAUCGAGGAGCUGCUGGUCCCUGACGGAGGGAAGGUGGAGGGAGGAACUCCUCUCUUCAAACUCAGGAAGGGAGCAGGAGCAGCCAAAGCGGUGGAAGCCCCCGCUGCCGAGGCCCCCGCUGCCGCAGCAGCUCCUCCCCCUGCCGCUCCCGCCCCCUCUCCCCCUCCCUUCACCGUGGGCCCCAUCCCCACCAGCUUGCCCCCCAUACCCCCUGUGCCAGCACAAGCCAUGACCUCCAAACCAGUGUCAGCCAUCAAACCCACCGCCCAUGCUGCCACGGUAACCCCGGCUGAGGCAGGACCCAAGGCAGCCAGGACAGAGCACAGGGUCAAGAUGAACCGCAUGAGACUAAGGAUCGCCCAGAGGCUGAAGGAGGCCCAGAACACCUGUGCCAUGCUGACAACCUUUAAUGAGGUCGACAUGAGCAAUAUCAGUGAGAUGAGGCAGAUGUACAAGGAUGCUUUCCUGAAGAAGCACGGUAUCAAGCUGGGCUUCAUGUCUGCGUUCGUGAAGGCCGCGGCGUACGCUCUGACAGACCAGCCCUCAGUCAACGCCGUCAUUGAUGACACCACCAAAGAGAUUGUGUACAGGGACUAUGUGGAUAUCAGUGUGGCUGUAGCGACACCAAAGGGCCUGGUGGUGCCGGUCAUUCGCGGAGUGGAGGGAAUGAACUUCACCGAUAUUGAGAAGACCAUCAACGAGUUGGGAGAGAAGGCCCGCAGGAACGAGCUGGCCGUGGAGGACAUGGACGGAGGCACGUUCACCAUCAGUAACGGAGGAGUGUUUGGCUCCAUGUUCGGCACGCCCAUCAUCAACCCCCCGCAGUCCGCCAUCCUCGGCAUGCACGGCAUCUUCGAGCGGCCCGUGGCCAUCAAGGGAAAGGUGGAGAUCCGGCCCAUGAUGUACGUGGCUCUGACCUACGACCACCGCCUGGUGGACGGCAGAGAGGCCGUCACGUUCCUCCGCAAGAUCAAGACCGUGGUGGAGGACCCCCGAGUGCUGCUGCUGGACAUGUGAGCCACAGCGCUGCCCACUCAGCACAAACAAACAGACCCUGGCUAAACUCUCAUGAUGAUGAUGAAAACUGCAUUGAUUGUAUCGUUUACCGCAAAAGGGAAAAUUGGGGAGAGAGAAAGGGAGAUUGAACUAUUGCAUGGAAUGAAUUGGGGAGAAUUGCUGCUUAUGUCGGCUGUCUAGUUCUGGGGUUUCACAGAAACUGCUUUCUGCAGACUCAUAAGUGUGCCAUGUGUCAUGUACAACCUCUAGUUCAACAACUGACAAAUAAUUGUAAUAUGACAGGCAAACUUAACUAAAAUGUUCUGGUUUUGAUGAGGAGAAAAGGACAACUGUACUCUUAUCAUAAGACGUACUUAACCCUCUAAAACACUAUGUCCUACAAAGAUGUUCAAAGUGCAGGUUUAGAAUGCUUUCUUACACUGACAACUGUGCAGUGUGCAUUAAAGCAUUGUUUCAACAUCUAAUUCAUAAAACACGAGAAACUAUCUUCAUGCUGUGUAAAAAUAAGUGACUAUAUAAAGAUUUUAAACAAUAAAACUUGGGAGAAAU